AUGAGUGCCACAUCAACCACGAGUUGCCCCUUGCCAUCACUGCUUGCGCCUGAACAAGAGGAGCAAGAGUGUUCUGACAUACAUAUGUCUGUCUUGUGGUAUGCAGGGGAGUUUGCAGUUACUUACUAUGAUACAGAAGAUUGCUCAGUUUACUUCAUGCCUGACACACCUGACAGUGAAGGCCUCGAGCUGCUGCAAAAAGUGACUGGGGAAGUUCAUCCUAAAUGCAUAGUGACAAGUGCAAAACAGGAUCAGAAUAUUGCCAAUUUCCUGACCAACCUAGCAGACAGUGAUAGCGAUAAAGGAAAAAUAGAAAUUGUCCUGUUUCCUAACAUAGAUUUUGGCCUAGAAGUCAGCAAGCAACGAAUUCUAUCUAGACAAUUUCCAUUUAUCCCAUCCCAUAUGACUGCAACAGAAAAAAUUCUUUAUUUGUCCUCAGUCAUCCCUUUUGAGUGCCCACUCAUGAUAAGAGCAUUAGGGGGGCUCCUUAAGUACCUCGACAGGAGAAGGGUUGGAGUUGAACUGGAAGAAAGCGGUAUUGCAGUUCCUGUUUUAGCCUUUAGAAAGUUUGUUCUGUCAGAAACUGUGAAUAUAGACCAAGACACUUACAGUGUUCUACAGAUAUUUAAAAGUGAUAUCCAUCCUUCUGUGUAUAAACUUUCUAGUGGAUUAAAAGAAGGAUUCAGUUUAUAUGGGAUUUUAAAUCGCUGUAGGUGCAAACGGGGAGAAAAACUUUUGAGGCUGUGGCUUACACGACCUACUCGGAACCUGACAGAGCUAAACAAACGGCUGGAUGUUAUCCACUUCUUCCUGUUGGCUCAGAACCAUGAAACAGUCCUUACCCUUCAAGAUUGCCUCAGGAAUAUAAAAAAUGUGCCUCUUAUUCUAAAAAGAAUGACUCUAUCCCAUACAAAAGUUAGUGACUGGCAAGCACUCUAUAAGACAGUGUGCAGCGCACUGUGCCUUAGAGACACAUGUCGCUCUCUGCCCCAUAGUAUUGAACUCUUUCAGAUUAUUUCACGCGUCUUCACUGAUGAUCUGCAAUACAUUGCUAGUCUUAUCAGCAAAGUGGUGGACUUUGAAGGCAGCAUCUCACAAAAUCGCUUCACUGUUAGACCCAAUGUGGAUCCCACCAUUGAUGAAAAGAAGCGAAGGCUAAUGGGUCUGUCAGACUUUCUUACAGAAGUGGCACAAAAAGAACUGGAAACGUUGGACAACCAUAUUCCUUCCUGUUGUGUGAUCUACAUUCCUUUGAUUGGGUUCCUUCUCUCCAUUCCACGGCUACCGAGCAUGGUGGAUAAAAAUGACUUUGAAAUUGAAGGCUUGGACUUCAUGUUCUUGUCAGAGGAUAAACUGCACUACAGAAGUGCUAGAACUAAGGAGCUAGACAGCCUGCUGGGUGACUUGCACUGUGAGAUAAGAGACCAAGAAACACUUAUUAUGCACCAGCUGCAGGCAAAGAUCUUGGAGAGGUCUGAAGUGCUUAACAGCGUGAUUGAGUAUACUGCACACCUGGACGUGCUGUUGGCUUUGGCAGUGAUGGCUCGGGAGAACUCCUACUGCCGGCCACGCUUUACUCAGCGCCAGGGCUUCCACAUCAAGGACGGAAGACAUCCACUGAUGGAACUAUGUGCAAAGACAUUUGUGGCUAAUCCUGUGAACAGUGGUGAGGCUACCAGACGAAUAAAGAUAAUCACUGGGCCCAACUCAUCUGGAAAGAGCGUCUACUUAAAGCAAGUAGGUCUUAUAAUAUUUAUGGGUCUAAUUGGCAGUUAUGUGCCUGCAGCAGAGGCAGAGAUCGGAGCAAUCGAUGGGAUUUACACAAGAAUCCACACUAGGGAAUCAGUUUCUGUAGGACUCUCCACAUUCAUGAUUGAUCUUAACCAGGUUGCCAAAGCAGUAAACAAUGCCACAGAGAGGUCAUUGGUACUUAUCGAUGAGUUUGGCAAAGGGACCAACACACUAGAUGGCCUGGCCCUUCUGGCUGCUGUGCUGAAGUACUGGAUCAAUCAAGGAACCCAGUGUCCGCAGGUCUUUGUGUCCACUAAUUUUCACAGCUUAAUGCAGCUGGAACUUUUGCCUGACACACCUCUUCUAGAAUACCUCACCAUGGAGACUCACCAAGAUGGAGAUGAAUUGGUGUUUUUCUAUCAGAUCAAACAAGGAGUAUCCACUGUUAGUCAUGCUGCCAACAUUGCUGCACUAGCUGGAAUGCCUGCCAAAAUUAUUGAAAGGGGAGUGGAAGUAUCAGAACUGAUUCGCAAUGGAAAAGCUAUCAAACGUAUUGAUCAUCCUUCAAAAGGUGACCAGAUGGAAAAAUGCAAGGCUAUUGUUGAAAAGUUUCUUAGCCUAGACCUUGAUGAUCCUAAUGUGAACUUAGAAGAGUUCAUGCAUAAAGAGGUAUUGCCCUCUGCAGCCUCAAUUCUAUAGCAUGGCUAUGUCUAAAAGCAUAUAUUACAAGGUAUCUGCCACGUUCGAUAGGGUGGCUUGGUAAUUUCAACAAUAAAGACUAUGACUAAUGCCUCACACUACAUUUCACUUUUAAAAAUUGUCUAUAAUGUAUGUCAUUUCUUAUUCUUGUUUAAAAUCAGUAUGGUAGUUGUAUAUCCCUGUAUGGUGCAUGAUAUGAAAGCAGGAAGACUUGAAAGAGGAGAGAACCUCUUCCAGCUGUUGGAUCGUGCAUUUUGAGCCCCUACUGUUAGAUUCUCAGACUGAAAAAAUACUGUAGAAAAAUCAAAAUAGUUCUGCUGGUCUCAUAGCACUAUAAAAACAAAGUGUUGAUUGUUUUGUUGAAGUAAUCAUUUCAGUCAUUUUAGGAUCAUCAUCAAAGAAUCACAUGUAAGUAUGUGCUUUGGACUCCCAGAUCAACAGAUCAUUUUGUUACAGUACAAACCACUAAAGUAGACAGUGCUUAAUGGAAAUAUAGAGGGAUUUAGUGAGCUCUGUGACAUUUAAUAAAGCUGCAUUUCUGGCCAUAAAGGCAGAGAGAUUCCAAGAGCUGAUAUAAAAAGAAUGGGAGUCAGAAUCAUUGGGGUCUAACUAGAGGGGAAACGCUUUGGUUUUAUCGAUAAUCACUCUCUUAAGGUCCUGCAGAGUAAGAGUACAUAACUAUGCUUUGUGAGUACAAAAACAAAAUUACAAGUCCAGGAAAUGGUAAACUAUACUAGGCAUAUAAGGCAGGAAAAACCAGCAUUUUUUUCAACUAUUCAACUAAACUUAAAAGAUUAAUACCAGAGCAAAGGAGUCCAUUUCACUUUUGUCAGUGCCAAGGAUCAACUCUGAACCUAGCAUUUGAUCACUGAGUAUGCAACACAUAUACAUGAACAAGUGAAUAAA